AUGCUCGAUGUUGCGUCGAUCGUCAAUGGCACGCGGAGUCGGUGGAAUUUGGCAGCGCACACGCUGGUGAACUUGGGACGUGGUGAUGACUUUCAGGCAUAUUUCGACAGCUUCAACAUUCUUAACACGCAGAAGUGGCACGAGUGCAAGUACCAGCGCCUCCUGGAAAACGAACUUGCGCAGGCUUCUGACUCCGACACCGACUCCAGCGAGGAGGAGCUAGUACCCGACAAACUCGUGGCGGAAAUCGGGAGCCUUCGCAAAGGAGAGCUUCUCAAGGCUCAGAGUGCUGACCAGACGCUGUCCAC